AUGUUACAAGGGAUUGGGAUAACGGAUCCCAGGAAAUCCACUCGCUGCCUUGCAGCAUCAGAGGACUUAAUUAGGCGUCUGGAAUGCAAGUAUACCGAUUCACAAUACGAAGUUUCUUCCCUUGCCUUUCAUAAGAGAGGGAAAAUUCUUGCAUUGGCUGGUGACGAAGGAUAUAUUUCACUUUGGGCGUUGGAUCAUUUCCCCCCAAAGUUGAUGAGUGAAAUUUGUGUCGAUGAAAUCUCCAUUAAAAAAGUUGAUUUUGUCACGGGCACUGAUAAUCAACUCGUUGUCUUGUAUGAUCCAGGGAAAUUAAUGAAGUUUCAUUUCAACGAGUCUGGAGAUCCUACAAUAAUAGACUUGAACUUGGACUUCGGCGACGAAGAUGAAGACCUCGAGAUGUUCGCCCCAACACAGGAACAUUGCCUCAUUGCAUGCUCGCCGUCUUCUAUUUUCCAAGUUGAUACGAGGGACCCGCAUGUGCAAGUUAUUAAGAAAACUCAACAUUAUAUUACUGAACUUGCAGUACAUGACAACUUAGUUGCUGUUGCUACGGUAGACAGCUAUGCUCGUAUCUAUGAUACCCGAAUGACUAGAUCACCUUUCACAAAGUUGCGUCCCGAUGUCAUUGGCGAUAGCGAUACAGUUGAAACAUUGAAGUUUUCGGUCCAUGGGGAGCUCUUGGUUUCGUUUUAUCACAAGGAUAUGUAUCUUUUCUACAAGGAUGACCAUUAUUCAAGUGGACAAAUGGUAAGUUACCUCAUGCAGAGGAUGAAUCUGCAACCAAGUAGUAUAUGCUUUUAUGGACCCAAUUGUGAUUACGUCUGUCGUCUAUGGGAUUCCGGGGAAAUAAACUUCUGGAGGAAAGGAGAGAGUGAACCUAUUGCUGAAGUUGUAUCAAAGUCAGGCUUUAACUCACUUGUUUGUCAUCCAUUUCUUCCCAUGCUUGCUGGCUUUAGUGACAAGAGUACGGAGUUAAUGACUUGUGCUCCACAAUACUGGUGA